AUGAAGGACGCCAUGGAUGACUGGAAGCGAUUCCGCCGCGACCGAAUCGCCAGCGUUGAGGUGUUCGAGAAGCUCACAGAGAGUAGCGACCUUGUCAGGGUUCGAUCAUCGAACAUUCGGGUAGGAGACCUGUUCAUCUUGCUCCAAGACCAGUGUGUGCCGGCUGACUCUGUCGUACUGCACACCUCUGAGAACACGGGUACGAUAUUCAUCCAAACCGAUCAACUCGAUGGCGAGACUGAUUGGAAGAUGCGCUACCCGCUGAACUCUACCAAGAGUCUCACAUGCGCCGAACUUCCCUCACUGCGCUUUAACAUUAACUGCGACGCGCCUCACAAGGACAUCUACACCUUCGCUGGCACCCUCGACAUGGCCAACAGGCAGAGCGAGUCGAUGACGAUGGAAAAUGCAAUCUGGUCGUCGUGUGUGGUGGCAACAGGCACGUUGGUGGCUGCGGUCGUGUACACGGGUAGAGAAACACUCAGCUCUCUCAACUCCACUAACCCGCGCAACAAGGUCGGCCUCAUCGAGCGCGAGCUCAACCUGAUCGCGGCUCUGUACUUCCUGCUGCUUCUGCUUCUCUCCUUUCUUCUCGUAGCACAGCAGCAGUUCCGUGGAGACGUUGCCGUCACUUUCGUGCGAUUCUUCGUUCUUCCCUCCGCCAUGAUUCCCAUCGCGAUGCGCGUGAACGUGGACGUUGGUCGCCUUACAACUCGUACGAUAUGUCGCAUGACCCCCACAUUCCAAGUGCCGUGGCCCGCACCACAAACCUUCCAGAGGCGUUCGACCGCCUGCGCUACCUCUUUUCUGACAAGGCCGGCACACUCACAGAAAAAAAAAUCAAGAUGAGACUUCGUGCCAUGCAGGUGGGACCCGCUACAGCGCUAACGGACCACGUCACUGAUCGCCUGGCGUGCGCCCUGCAAGAGUACUUUGGCGCGGGCAAUGGGGGAGCGGGGUCGCGCCUCCUCUUUCAUAACGUCUUCACGCGCCUUGGUGGGAGUAAUGCGAAGUAGUGGGUCCGAGAUGUGCAUCGCGUUGGCGACCUCAUCAGAGCCAUCGUGUUUUGCCCCAAUGUGAGCCCAGUGAUGGAGGAGGAACCGGUGGUCCUCAGCGCCAACGGUGCAACAGUGCUACCGUGGCGCGGUACAGCUGUGUCUCUACCCCAGCACAGCCGAUAUGAUGAGUGAACCAACUGACUACCAGGCCUUCUCACCAGACGAGGUGGCGCUGGUCAAGCUCUGCCGCUCUCUGGGUGGUGCAUUGACUUAUCGAGACCUCACAUCAAUGGCCUUCACCGUCGGUGGCGUUGCGCAGCUGCAUACCUACACCACUGUCAAGAUGUUCCCGCUCUCAUCGGAGGGCAAGUGCAUGGGCAUCAUCGUGUGCGAGCGCACAGGGAGCUGCAGCGGCGGCAAAGCCCAGGAAACCGUCAAGUUCUCUAUGAAAGGCGGGGAUGCGAAGAUGGCAUCAGUGAUACGCCGAUCGGAUUGGCUGAACGAGUGCUGCCAGGAAGUGGCGCAGAUGGGCCUGCGUACACUCGUUUUUGCCAUUCGCACGCUCAGCGAGGACAUGCUCAACAUCUUUCUGCGGCAGUACGAGGCUGCCAUGUCUAUCUCCGGUGAAGGUCGAGCAGAGGCGAUAGAGGCGGCGAUGAAGCUGUUGGAGAGAGAGAGAGAGAUGACGCUCAAUGGGGAGACAGGGGUGGAAGACGAGUUACAAGACGAUGUUAUGGUUUCUCUCGAGGCGCUCGGCAUGUGCAGCAUCAAGGUGUGGAUGCUCACUAGUGGCAAGGUCGAGACUGCCGCCACCAUCGGCCGGUCGACUCGGCUUAUUCUCCGCCACUGCAGAAUCGAGUACCUGUGCGGGAUGGCCCCACCAGAUAUUGACCCUCGCCUGCGCGAGCUGCAGGAAGAGUAUUUUCUUCGUCGCCGUUUCGUUUUGCACUGUUCCGGAAACCAUGACAGCUCAGAGUCUGCACACCUCUUUCCUCCUCUUUAA